CUCAACGGACCGGAAUUAUUUUGAUUUUAUAGCCAAACAAACAAACAGACAAGCAAGCAACCAGCCUAGUGUAGCAAGCCAAGUUUAGAAUGUGUGUUUUGGGAGAGCUAUCUCAAGUGAAUAUGAAAUUGGUGUUUUACCAAUUGUCACAUCAUUUCCAGUAUGAACUUUAAUCGCAACACAACGGCUUAGAGAGAGAUAAUGCGUAAGAUAUUUGUAGUAAGUCUAAUUGUGGUGCCCAUACUUUUGAUUGUGCUAAGGCAGCAGCAGCAGCAAAAUGAUAAAGAAAAAAUAAUAACAACUGCCGAUAGAGUUCGUAGAGCUGGCUUUGACAGUGCUUCUUAUGAUAUUUAUACCAAAGAUGGCUAUGGCCUAACACUUUUUCGCCUAAGAAAUCCCCUGACAUCUACGACACCUAGCCCAGCAGCGCCGGUGGUUUUGUUAAUGCAUGGCUUUACCAGCUCCUCAGAUGUUUGGGUCAUUGAAGGUAUGAAAAAUCCUUUGGCCUAUGAUUUGCUACGUCAAGGCUAUGAUGUUUGGCUGGGAAAUAAUCGUGGUAAUAUGUAUGGUCAACGCCAUAGGAAUAUAUCUAUCUGGGAUAGAGAAUUUUGGCGUUUUAGCUUCCAUGAAAUAGGCAUCAAUGAUUUGCCUCAGAUGAUAGAUUUCAUAUUGGAGGAAACUCAACAAACUUCACUACACUAUGUGGGCUACUCCCAAGGUACCACCAUUGCAAUGGUCUUGCUGAGCAUGAAACCGGAAUAUAAUGCAAAAUUUAAGACCAUUAAUCUUUUGGCGCCCACAAUAUUUAUGACCAAUGGGCGUUCCAAACUUCGAUACUUGGGUAGAUUUUUUGAUAGUUACACUCCACUGCAUACCUAUGUGGGAGACAUGGCGGUAUUUCGACCCAAGUUGCUGCGUAAAUUAUUGGGCUUUGAAAGAUGCCGCAGUCCUCAGGCCAAUGCCAAAGUAUGUGCUGCCAUUAUAUAUAAUUUAUUUGGAGGCUAUUCAGCUUAUUUAGAAGAGGCCUUAAUACCGGAUAUUUUCAACAGUCAUCCCGCCACCUCUGCCUUGCAUCAGCUAUUCCAUUUCUUGCAAAUACAUCGCUCUCAAAAAUUUCGACAGUACGAUAUUGGUUCCGAAGGCAAUCUAAGGCGUUAUAAUCAAUCCCUGCCUCCUGAGUAUAAUUUGUCAAAUGUAAAUCCUCGUUUGCCCAUCCACAUGUUUUAUAGUGACUACGAUGAGUUGUCAUCGAAAACUGAUGUCGAGUCUUUAGCCCAUAUAUUGGGCAAUAGAAGUGUAAGCCAUUUUAUAGAUUUGGAACAUUAUUCCCAUUUGGAUUUUGUUUGGGGCAAUAACACCAAGGAAAUCAUCAAUAAGCCUAUUUUGAAAAUACUCAAAGAAGCUGAGGUUUUAUGGAGAAGUGACAAAGCAGCGAAUUAAACUUUAAGCGGAGUUUAAAGGAAAGGGCUUUGAGGUCAGGCUAUAGUUAGCUUUAUAACAAUUUUUUUUUCAUUUUAAAUUAAGAAAACAAUUGGGAUUCCAUAAUUGGGUUCUUUUUUUUGAAUUUUUGAAAUAAUUGUGAUAUAUUUUAUUAUUUUAAUACUUAUGAUAUAAAAAAAUUAUUUAAUAUUAAAG